UUGGAAGGAGCCCAAAUGCCGGCCCGGCGGGGCAGGCGAUGCUCUGCUGCGGAGAGGGGAAGGAGGACUCCGGUCCUGCUGCUUUCUGUCCUUUCUGCUGGAGCCUUCCUUUGUGUACUGGCAUGGAGGAGCAACGUCCUGCAGGUGCUGUCAGCAGGACCUGCGCCCGAGUUCCCAGCUCUGGGGAACUCUCGGGUUCAGAUGGAGAAGAGGCAGGAGCUGGAGGCGACAUCCACUCAGCUGUCGGCCAAGAAGGGCCUCAUUCUCCAAGCCCUGUUUGAUGUCCUGCAGGAGAGCGGGAUCCACAUAUUCAACAGCGAGGAAAUCCUGCAGUUGACCCAGGAGGCCAUGGAGAAAAUGGUGGAGAACGGCGCCUGGCUGCCCAACUGGGCUCUGCAAACCCUGGGUGCCACCAUCGAUGCUGAGCGGACGUCCCAGAGUUACGGCGGGGCAGGCAGGCAGCACGGCUGGCUUUCCCCACUGUUCUCCAGCGCCAAGCCUCCUGAGACGCUGCUGCAGGCCGAUAUUUCUCCUGGCAACUGCUGGGCUUUCCGAGGAUCCGAGGGCGACGUGGUCAUCCGGCUGCCGCAGAAAAUCCGGCCCUCGGCUUUCACCGUGUGGCACAUCUCCACGGCGGUCUCUCCCUCCGGGGAAGUCAGCAGCGCCCCCAGAGAGUUUAUUGUCUUGGGAAUGGACGAGGACGAACCACCAACCGCCCUGGGGUUUUUCGUUUACGACAUCAAAGGAGAGAUUGCCCAGACCUUCCACGUGCAGGCGGAGCCCCACAAAGCCUUCGGCCGUAUCCUGUUUCAGGUGCAGAGCAAAUGGGGCAACGUGGAACACACCUGCAUCUACAGGGUGGAAAUUCACAGCCACUUGUGAAACAUCUGUG